AAAUAAAAAAGCUGUGGAAACAAUAUUUUUGUCUAUAUUUCACAAUUUUAUCCCAAUUUUUCAAUCCUUUAUUAUUUGGACAUUUUAAAUUGCUUACCGUUUACAACUGCGAAUUGAUUACAAUGUGUAAGUUUAGAUACGUACCUACUUGGUAUGGGCCAUUAUGGCAUUUAAAAAUGACCGAUUGCAGCGCCAUAAUAGCAUGUCUUAUUCGUAAACAUGGCGUUGUUUAAUUCUGCUAAGUCGGUUUUAUCAAAAUUACUUUGCACAGGCCCUACAAUAACACAAUACGGAUUGCAGCAAGUACGUACAAAGUGGACAAAAAAGAUGACAAAACGAGAUAUGGGUAGAAGAGCGCAGGUAAAGCAAUAUGCAAAAGAUAGAUUACAUUAUGUUGCCAUGAAACGGAACAACAUUCUGCCAACAGAAAUUCAAGAAUUAGCCAGUGAAGCUUUCGACUUUAAAAACAUCCCUAGAACAAGCUCUUUAAGAGCAUUAACACCUCGCUGUGUCGUUACUUCAAGAGGCUAUGGUACUGUCAUCAGGUGGAGAUUGUCCAGGUUUAUUUUCCGUCAUUUAGUUGACUACAACAAAAUGGCUGGUGUUCAAAGGGCGAUAUGGUAGUUAAAUUUAUUUAUAAUAUUAAUGUUAAUUUUAAAGCUGUAUCCGAGUUGUUUGGAUAAUAAAUUGUUUGUAUUAUAACAAAAAAUCAAA